UCUGGAAAUCCUCAGAGGGGUGUGAAAGCUGUGUCUUCUCUGCUUCACUUCAACUCCUCCUUUCUUGUUUAGACGUCAAGAUUCUUAACGAGGUCAGAGAUCAUCUUCAGAGUUCCAACAUUUUUAAAAGGACGGGUUCGUUUUUAUUCUGAGGCUAUUUCAGAACCACCUGCAGGGUUUCACCACCACGACUGAGGCGACAGAGAGCUCUGACUGUCUGCACAGAGAGAGUCACCAUGCCGACGGUUAGGAGCAAGAAGAAGAAGGUGAAGAAUGAGGUGAUUGAUGCAGAGGAGCAGGGAGAAGCAGGCAYGGAGGUGGAGAUGGAGAACCGGACCAACAGGAGCAAUUCUGACAGCAAAGAACCUCUGACCCUGGACCUGCACGACCCAGCACCACAGAAGAAGAAAAAAAAGAAGAAGGCCUCAACUAUCGACCAGGAAACAGAGCAUGCUGAAGUGCCAAAUGGUAACUCUGCUGAGCCCAUGGUGGACAGAGAGGAACUGACUGUGGCUGUCACCAGGAAGACUAAAAAGAAAAAGAAGUCGAAGUUGGCCGAGCAUCACAGCAGUGACCUGGGAGCUGAAGAUGAUGACAUCGUCUCUGAAACUCAGUCGCCCAUCCCACAACAUUCCCUGUUCUCCGCCCCACAUGGACACAGCCAGCCAGUCGGAAAAGUCUUUGUGGAGAGGAACAGACGUUUCCACGCAGAUCGAGUGGAGCAACUCCGACACUCAGACCUGACAGAGGAAUACGUUGACCCCAGACAGAUAUGGACCACCAGAGACGUGGCUUUGAAGGUCCAUCACGGCUUCAGAGUGAUCGGUCUGUUUUCUCAUGGCUUCCUGGCCGGCUACGCGGUGUGGAAUAUAACUGUUGUGUAUGUGUUGGCGGGUGAAGAGAUGACAACGCUGCACAACCUGUUGCAGCAGUACCAUCCUCUGGCCUACCCAGCCCAGUCUCUGCUCUACCUGCUGCUGGCCAUCAGCACUGUGUCUGCCUUUGACAGAGUGAACCUGGCUAAGACCUCCAUGGCGCUGAGAGGCUUCCUGACUCUGGACCCUGUAGCUGUGGCUUCCUUCUUGUAUUUUAUAGCCCUGAUCCUGUCCCUCAGCCAGCAGAUGACUAGUGAUCGCAUCAACCUCUACCCCACUGCCAACCAGACUCUGUGGCCUCCAGGGUCAGAGCACCAGGUCCUGCGUCCGUGGAUCGUGGUCAACCUGGUGGUGGCGCUGUUAGUGGGCGUGGCCUGGGCUGUGGUGUCCACGAGGCCAGACAUUGACUACACAGAAGAGUUUUUGAUGACCAUGGAGGUGGAGGGAUACCCCAGAGGAGAGGAGAACCUGGACCUUCCUGCUUGAAACCAGCCUGUCUGCAUUAUGUUUUUUAAAAUGUUUAUUCUAUUUAAAAUGUUGUACAAGUAAUAAUAUGUUACCUGUAUUUAUUCUCAUGAGUGUGAUUUUAUAUAAAUAAAGGACUGUGUACAUAAA